CAAUUAUUACAGCAACAAAACCCUAAUUUAAUCUGUAAGAAAAAAAUUCUGUUUCUUUUCUCGAUCCUUCUUCAAUGACACUCCAAAUUGGUCCCACUUCACUCCCAAGUUUCAUUUUUUUUUUCCCUUCUUGGUUAAUUUUAUUCACUCAAUAUUCCAAUCGUGAUCAAGGUAGUUGAUCCCUGUUGUUGUACGGUUUUCCCAUUUUCAGAGAUGAGUCUGUCAUGUGGCUGUAGUUAGUUAUUUGCUUAAUUUUAUUGAUUAUCGGAGUUUCUAGGAUCAGCUUAAUUUGGUGUAGAAAGUGACAUUUUGAGUAUUAUACCUCUGGUCUGAUUAAGGUUUUAUAGAUACUGGGAAUUUUAAGGUGCAUUUAGCUAAUACUAAAGGAGGCAUUCAUGUCUUUCAAGAGCAUUUUGCAAGAUGUGAAGGGUGAGUUGGGAAACAUAUCUAGGAAAGGUUUUGAUGUUAAAUUUGGGUAUGGCAUGCGAUCGAGGUCGCAUCGUGUGGUUCAGGAUACUUCUGUUGUGGUGGAUGCUUUUAGGCAAAGCUCUUGGGCUAAUAUGCCGCCUGAGCUUUUAAGGGAUGUUUUGAUGAGGAUCGAGGCUUCUGAGAUUUCUUGGCCUCCUCGCAGAAAUGUAGUUGCUUGUGCCGGUGUUUGCAGGAGUUGGAGGGAAAUUAUGAAGGAAAUUGUGAAAACCUUGGAAGUUUCUGGCAAGUUGACGUUUCCUAUUUCCUUGAAGCAGCCUGGGCCAAGGAACACUCUUCUACAAUGCUACAUAAAACGGAAUCGUAGCAACCAAACAUAUUAUCUAUAUCUGAACUUGAAUCAAGCAGCUUCAAAUGAUGAUGGUAAGUUCCUUCUUGCUGCAAAGAAGUGUCGACGCCCUACUUGCACUGACUACAUCAUCUCAUUGAACUGUGAUGAUGUGUCCAAAGGGAGCAGCACUUUCAUAGGAAAAUUAAGAUCAAACUUUUUGGGUACCAAGUUCACAAUCUAUGAUGGGCAGCCUCCGAUUGCUGGAGCCAGAGUAACUAAAUGUCGCUCCUCCAGGCUAGUUAACUUGAAACAAGUCUCCCCUAGAGUUCCAACUGGCAACUAUCCUGUUGCCCACAUCUCUUACGAGUUGAAUGUCUUGGGCUCUAGGGGUCCAAGGAGGAUGCAAUGUGUAAUGGAUGCCAUUUCUGUCUCUGCUAUCGAACCAGGGGGUGUGGCCCCCACACAGACUGAAUUUCUUCACAGCAAUGUGGAUGCCUUCUCUUCCAUUUCUUUUUUCAGAUCAAAAUCAACUCGCUCAGAGAAUUUUCAAUCUGGACCUCUGACUGGCCAGAAAGAUGAAAUGUUGGUGUUGAGAAACAAGGCCCCAAGGUGGCAUGAACAACUCCAGUGCUGGUGUCUAAACUUCAAUGGACGGGUAACAGUUGCUUCAGUUAAGAAUUUUCAAUUGGUUGCUUCCUUGGAAAAUGAAGCUGUUGGGCAGGAGCAUGAGAAUGUUAUUUUACAGUUUGGAAAAGUGGGAAAAGAUGUAUUCACCAUGGAUUAUCAAUAUCCAAUCUCAGCUUUCCAGGCAUUUGCCAUCUGCCUUAGCAGCUUUGACACUAAGAUUGCCUGUGAAUGACUGACAAGCAGUUGUCCGUUGAUUACUGAAGUCAUAUGAUUUGGUCAAUUGCAAUAAUUACCUGCCAAUCUCACCAUUUUUUCGCCCAGUUUUCAGUAGAGUAGUAUAUGUUUAUGGAUAUCAAGUGACUCAUCUUAUUUAUUGUUUUUUGCCUGACGGGUGUUCCCAAGUGCGAUAAAAGUUGGUUGGGAAGCCAGUUAGAUUUCCUAUAUAAUGCUGAACAUUGUGCUGCUAGGUAAUUUGAUCUAUGCUAUUUAAUCCGUGUGAUUGUUAGGUUUUA